AUGCCGAAAAUGGUGUUGCGUACAUCUAAAAAGGUCACUGUGUCUGUAAUUGGAUAUCCAGGUUCGGCAGUCGGUGCUCGUCAGCAUGUUGGAAAGUCGUGUUUGAUCAGUCGUUUCCUAGUUCCGUCACAUUUCAAUGACAACCACUUAUCUGUGCUCAGUUUGUCAGAUUUUGAUGGAGAAGUAGUCUGCUCUAGUCACUGGCUCUACUGGGGGGAUAGCAGUGUAACUGUUGAUGGUGUUACGGUACAAAUCAGAAUUAUCGAACAGUGUGAUUUCGUGGAUGAUCACGUUUUUCAGCCUCUCUUUGAGGAUAGGCCUUAUGCUGAAAGAUGCCUGGACUGCAAAAUUCACCUUCACUCAAGGAAGCUGUCGUACAUUUGUAAGGAACAGCUUGGUCACGAGUCUGCUUUCCCACAAGUAUAUCUUGAGCCCACAACUCUGUCCGUCGAUGUUUUCGUAUACGCAUACGAUAUGUCAUUGCGUGGGCCUGCAGCUGUACAACAGGCUGCUUUUUUACGACAUGCUGUGUCACGUCUUUCGUCAUUGAAGUUACCAAUCGUUGUUGCGACAACUAAACAUGAUACAGUUGUUUCUAAUGAAGCUUCAAUCUUACUCAGGAAAACUGUUAGCGAAUCCAAAAGAAGUUGGAUGAAAAAUGUUUGCGUUGUGGAGACAUCUUCACGUCUCAAUAUUAACAUCUCUACUGUCUUUCAAUCUGCUGCAUUUUUCGGAUAUUAUAAUGAUAUGAAAAAGCAUAAACUCCGUAAUGGCCUUCUAGAUCCCAUUCUCAAGAGAGCAUUGAAUUUGCGAAAGCCGUUUCCCAUAUGUUUCAAGAAGUCAUUAUGCUCCAGUUUACGUUGGUUUGAAUAUGGUAUGAACUCGUGUAAUGGAAAUCUACAUUCGUCUGUUAGUAUACCUUUAAGUUGUCAAAAUAAAGAUUGCUACAUUCAUUCUAUACAAUCUGGUGGCUUGACUGCAUCAAAGGGUGAACUGGGAAUUUCCGAACAAUUUGUACCAUCUCAGGACGUUACUUUAACCAGAACAAACAAUGCUGUAUGUGGCCUUUCUGUCAUACCAGCUCCUCCGUCAGUGCCUUUAACUGGUCCAUGUAGUUUGAAUACAAUUGAAACUAUCGCCUCUUCCUCCUCUUCAGCUGCUGUUGCUACUGAGAUGCAUAAGUCAGUAUCAUUUUCAGAUAAAAGUGCUGACAUGUUAAAUAGUACGGCUUGGGGAGAUACAGUUGUAAAGUUACGCGUACACGGGCAAUCAGAAACUACCAAUCAAAUAAUUUCGGCGUUUCAAGAUUUCUGUCCUUUAGAAUAUCAUAAUGCAAAGAAUGGUCGUAGAUUUCGCGUAAUGGUUGUGAAACAAUCUUCUGAAGGCUUUCCUAUACAAAAGCAUACCUCGACUAAUAUCUUACCAUUCUAUUCUGAUCCACCGAAUCGUCGACCAAUUUGUAUUCAACCGAAUCGUGCACCUUUAAAUGCAUCGUUAAUGUCAGCGUUUUCAGCUCCAAAUAGCAGUCUUUUAAAAAGUAGUCUUAUUACUGUUAUUGAUGAUGAUGAUGAUUGCCAUCAUAGCAAUAAAGAGGAGUUGAUUCGCACCGCUAGAGUAACAUCUACUCCUCAAGCUGGUAGUAAUUCCACUUCACAUUCAUUGCACAAUCCACUGCAGUUCAGUCAUCUAUCAGAAUUUUAUGUAAAUUUAUAUAUACACAAGAAUAGAAAUGAACUGGUCAAAUGCUGCUGUGAACGAAUACAUAACAACAUGCCUACUAAUUUCAUCUCACAAAGUUCGACUAAUAAUUCUAAUAUUGAACGAAAUUCUAUAAAGGUUUUAACUUAUUUAUGCCUUAAAACUUCUAAUGCAAUUGAAAAAAGAAAUACAAUCGUAUCUGGACUAGUGUUUUCAUCGCGUUACAAAUUCCCCUACUUUGUGGUUGAUUUGGAUUCAAUCAGAACAUUUUUGAACAAUCUUCUUUGCUUAGUAGACGAAAAGAUUCAAGAUGAGCGUGGCAGUUCAUCGUUACCUAGCACAGAAGUAACUGAAUCCACUUUUAUUGACUGGAGAUGUUUAGUGAAUAAUAAUAAUAAUAUUGACUAUCUCUCUAUUAUCUCAGAAUUCAUUGGUUCAUCAGAUCUACUCAGCGAUGGAACACUUACAAACAGUAAAUUCAAGUUCUCUGGUGUGCUGGCUUCUGUAGUCGUUGUUUCACACUGUAGUUGUAUCGAUAAUUCUAGCCGACAUGCAAACAAUCAUGUAACCAUUACAACUGGUGAUCCUCACUUUCAUUGUAAGAAUCCUGGUGAUUGCUGCUCGUGUUACACACACUUUAUGCAGUUAGAUCAGGUGAUAGAUUCAUUUGUAUGCCAACCUUCUAUUCCUUCAACAUAUGCAGCGCGUGCUCUAUUCAUUCACUAUGCAUCCUCUUCUUGGUCUGAAAUUGCCAUUCACUUGGAAAAUUCACUGACAAAGUUGUUCUCUUCAUUUGAAUCCGAUCAACAUCAUCAUGGUGGUUGUGAUAUUUUCUCUCUGAUAUUACUCGUUGCCUACCAUUCUCGUUCUUCUCAGCAAACUGCCAUAAUAGAAGCUGAAGAAAUUUGUCACGGGUUAAACUGCAUCCAACGCUUAGCUCAGAUGUAUGAAUAUCCUGUUCUUUUACCACCGUUUUCGGAUAGCUGUCCAGCAGAGGUUCAGAUCACUAAAUCUAAUCCUGAGUUUGCGUUAUCAUCGUCGUCAUCAUCAUCAUCACCAACCAACACAUCACAGGUGGUUCAAAAGGAUCGAUUAUAUACUCCUGUUUGUCCUAUGCUGUGUGAAAAUGUUCAUCCUAUACGAAAUAAAAGAAAGCCAACUUUGAGUUUUUUGUCAUUAUCUCCAAUGGAUGAUGAAAAAACUAAACUCUACAGCCGCAUAUUUCAAGGGAAAUUCAAUAGUUGGUUAUCAACGUCUUCAGCAUCAAGCAGAAAUUUAGCUCAGUCAGUUUGCUCAACGACAACAGCAACAAACACUGAAAAUCAUCUUUCAAGUAUGCUCACGCUUAAAUGUUCACUAAGUCAAUGUCAAAGCCACGGUAGUCACACGCAUUCUAUAUCCGAUUCACGAAUUAUAAGCUCAACAAGUAAUACAGUCGUCGUCGCCUCUCCAUCAAACAACAAUGAUAUAGUUACACUGCCCUGGCUACCGCUUAGUCCAAAUAGUGCGUUUCGUGUUCAGACUGUAAAAAAACCUUUGGGAAAUAGUAUACCAGAUCCCUCGACUGUUAAGUUUGGUAACUCGUUUUAUCGUAACAAUUCUAAUAACCAUGGGAACAGUUCUCAAGAAAAUGGACUUAAUUCCAUGGAAUGUUGUCCUGUAAAACCUGUACUUUGUAAUGAAGACACUUGUCAAAGUAACUUGAAGUCUUCUUCACUACCUCAAAUUGGAGAUUUCAGUUUAACUUGUCCACAGUCACGGUCCACUUCUGGUUUACUCUCUGGUAUGAACUCUUCUGUAGAAGAAUACUAUACUGAACUGCCUAAAGUUACGCAAUCAGAUGUCUUUGGAUCAGAAUCACGUCGUACACAACUGCCUAACAGACCUAAACGACCUUAUCCACGUAUUGAUUCGACGGAUUCUCACUCCUCUUCUCCAUCGUUAAUUACCAAUGAAAAAAGUGUAUUAUCCUCUUCGGAUAUGCUGAGUUUUGAUCAAAUGCCGACAAAGUGUACUGGUACCAGUACUAGUACUAGUACAAAUCAGAAUGUUGUCCUCCAAACGACAUCGGAUCAUCAAAUAUUGCCAGAUAAUAAUUCAGCUGUUUACGCUGAAGUGAAUGAUGCCUUUGUUUAUAACACAAUUCCACCAUAUCAUUCUUCAUCUUCGUCUGCUUCGCUAAUCUCAUCGUCGAAAGCAACUUUUGCGCCGGGUGAAAAAGUUCCAAGUGUAGAUCAUUAUGAUACAGCAGACUAUCCAGUUGAGGAGAAACUUACUGACUUCUUAACGUUGAAACCUGGUCAUCAUACCUGUUGUAUACAUAAUUUUAAAUUCUGUGAUACUAUGCAUCAUCAAGAUGGUUUAGCUGUUCCAUUCACUUCCAACCAGACCUGUUGCUCAGAUUCAUCGCAUUCCCACCUGUUAACAAAUAGUCUUUCAUGUGAUAAAAUUCCCAGUGAUAUUCCUUUUCCCCGACGAGGUUCACAGUUUAAUCCAAAACUGACCAACUUACCAGCUUUACCAACUUCAAAUGAGAUGAUUUCCCCUAACUCGUUCCAUAAUUGUUCUUCUAUGUCUCCGGUUGCCUACUUUUGGCCACCAAACCGGUUAACAUGCCCUCCUGUUUCUGGUUUCCCAUCUUCACCAAGUAUUUAUCCUUCACCUGUACUUCGCUUUCAGCCUACAUGUACACAAAACAACAUAUUAUUAACAGGUGUAUGUCCCAGUAAUAGUGAAUAUCAACUGCCCAAUACUACUUCACCUUUGUGUUUACAAUGUAAUAAUAGGGAUUGUUCGAAAAAUCUUCCCCCCUCUCAGCUUUGUACUUCAAUGGUGUCUGGAGAAUUUCCGUGUCCUUUCCAGACUUCGAUUUCUCAUCCAAAUCAGAAGGAAUCUGCCACUGGAAAUUCAAAUAUCCUGCAUAAAUUCGAUUUAUCCAGAAAACCAUUUUUAUUCGACACAGUAACAACAGCUUUCAGACGUCGCAGUAGUAGUUGGUUUCGGCACAACUCACAAAGUAAUCGUAAAUCAAAGCCAUGA